UGUAUGAGUUGAGUGAAUGGCUAACUGUUGUGACACUCAAUGACAGAACAAUUACAAUGAAUUGGUUCUGAAUUCGUGUUCAAUUGAGAUGUGAUCUCACAUUUCCAGUUAUAUCUGAUACUCAUUUAUAAAAAAUCGUCGAAACAAUGGAUAAUAUAUUGUCUUCGUAUCAGAAAAAGAUUGGUUCGUAUGAUAAGCAAAAGUGGGAACAGACUAUUGAUGAACGGAUGCUGAAGGGAUUGAGUGGUAUGAGUGGUGUGAAUGCCAUUCCCAAAAAGGUAGCCAAAGUGAAGACAGAGCUGAUAGAUCUGGAUCUGAUCCGAGGCACGGCCUUCACCAAAGCCAAGUCACAACAGGGAUGGCUUUCGGCCACCUUUUCCGGUAUCAAUCGUGUUAUUCUUCUGCCUCUGUAUCUCAAGUGGUGGAGAGAACAGACAAAUGCAUUCAUAUGUCUUCUAUUACUUGCUUUAUAUGUAUUGCAAGUGAUUUCACUUCGCAUAUACUUCGAGGACGGCUUGUCUUCUACUUCUGACCAGUUUUCAGAAGUGCCCGCAUCUGAAGUAUUGAUGCCAAUCGUUAUGAUGACAAUACUUGGAGUCAUUCACACACAGAUAGUCGGAACCAAAUUAGUCAACAAAACUCAGUCUUCUUUUCAUCCCUCAAAAUAUGCGACAAAUUCACAGAAUUUGCAGAAAAAGAAAAGAAAAAGAAAACCAAAACAAUCUCCAGAUAAGGGAACCGAAAAGUCAGAGACACGGACUGUUAAAACGGGUGGUUCUGAUGAUGAGAGCGGUUUAGGCAGUCUUGACAUCAAAGAAGAUGUCGUUUCCAACAAACCUUUGGGUGAAAGACGAGGGCUUUCAUCAAUUGAGAGAUUAAACUUUGAGACAACUAUUCCUAGCAUUCAAAUCACUGAAAGAAUUUCUGUCGAGAAUUCAGAUCUCAGUUCUGAUGAGUUUGAUCUCGAAGACAGUUCUUGUAAUCAAUAUUUUUGGCGAAGAUUUUCAGAUUCCAAGUCUUUUAAAAGUAAAAGAAAACUGAAUAAUAUGAACGAAUUGGAAGUCACUUCUCGCAGAUAUUCCGAAGGCAGUAAAGACGCCAAGAAUAACAAAUAUAGAGACACUUUAAGAUCAAAGAAACGCAAACGAAUCAAAUCUUUACAUUUGUCUCCACCGGUUAAUCAUCACAAACACAAAGACUAUUCUUCCUGUGAAUCUGAGGGCACGCUAUCGCCCACCACUCCUAACACUCCCACUCCGGGAAUGGGAAUGGCAUCAGAUCUCGAUUGGCCGCUAAUUAACUCUGAGGGCACUUCUGAUGAGGACGACAGUCAUCAGGAGACCACCACUUCUACUGCUGCCAAGUAUUUCAUUUAUCCCGAAUUUGGCGAAGAAGUGUCGGCUCCGCUCUACACAAUCUUUAAUGAGUUGUGUCACGACUCUCACGACGACAACACCAAUGAAACUAAAGUGAGUUGUGCCGUUUGGCAACAACACGAAUGUCAGAAAGUGGAUCUCUCUGUGGCCGACAUAAGCUCAUCAAUCAUCAGAAAAGUGGAUUCAAUUAAACACAGCUCUGAAUACAUUUAUUUGGGUUUUGUUUUCUCAAUAAUAUUGGCAAUACUUCCCGGCCUUUUCCGGGUUCAACAGAAUGGCAAUUCUGCCAGCGCUCAGACAAAUACCUCAGAAAUCAUAGAUUUACUUAACUUUCCAACACUUGAUUUAUAUUUCAUCGGAGAAUAUAGGGCUAAACGUUCAGAAGUGCCUCACUUUAGGCUUCAUAAGGUCAGAAAUCUUAAAGCAUGGCUUUCCGUCCGCUCUUAUCUCAGAAGACACGGGCCCAUCCGAUCGGUGGACGCCAUCUGCUCGAGUAGUUUUGUGAUUGCGGUUUGCAUUUUGACGUUCAUAUGUCUGCAACUGUUGAAGGAGUCGGAAAUGUGUGCCGCAAAGCUCUACUGCUGGGAAAUGGUGUUCUGGAACCUGGCGUUAGGCCUAUAUAUCAUGCGUCUUAUGAUUCUCGGCUCCAGAAUUAACCGCAAAUAUAGGGAAAACCUCUCGAUUUUAAUCACAGAACAAAUCAAUUUGUAUUUACAAUUAGAACAAAAGCCUCAUAAGAAAGAAGAGCUCACUUUAGCUAAUCAUGUGCUCAAAUUGGCAGCUGAUCUGCUCAAAGAACUCGAGAGUCCCUACAAGAUCUCAGGAUUCUGUGCCAAUCCAUACCUCUAUAACAUCACUAAAGUAGUCGUUUUUAGGCGUAAAAGACGACAAGAGUGCCUCAAUAACCCAAAGUUUAAUUUUGAGAUAUUUUAG